AUGGGUCGUGGUGAGUACUAUCGCAACAAGUAUGGCGGUCGAGGCCGUGGAAGUGGUCGUGGACGUGGACGUGAAGAUCCUAAAGGUUGCAACCGUAAUGAUCACUACAAUGAACGAUCACAUACGCCAUUAAUUACAUCUUCAUGGAAAGAAUUAGGUGACAUGCUACAGCAAUUAAACAAUCGAAAUUAUGGUGCAUAUCACGAAUUGGAACGUGUGUUUGAGUAUCAAAGCAGAGUUAAUGAGUCCCUUUGCUUCUCUCUUGAAUUUGGUUAUAUUCAAGGCGAUCCGUACGCAAGUCCAUCACGUGCUCACGUGACAGUCUCAUCUGUCUCGGCUGCUUUUCCAAUUGAAAUGCACGACGACAGGACACGUAAUGUCGCCUUGUGUGACUAUUUAACUCGAGUCUUUGCUGCAAGUGCACGUAGUUAUGGAGCCGAUGCCAAAACGGUUAGUAAUUCGUGGCAAGGAGCUAAGGGUGGUGAUAUUACGAUUGAUGCUCCGGGUCAACACGUGAUUGAACGUUCAAGUGUCAAUGUAUUGACUAAUGGAGAUAUUGAGGCCAGAUUUAACAUCAACUUGCCGGCACGUGGUCGAAGUAUUUGUGGAGACUGGGCAUAUACAAUUCUGGUAGAAACUUUGCCAAAGUUGGUGGAACACUCGUUGAUGCUAAAAAGUCUGGAUAUGAGUCAUUUGAUGAAGCAUUUGCAGUCGGUGGAAGAUCAGGAAACAUUGAGAGGAAUGCUCAACGAUGCAGGACUCGUGGGCUUUGUUCGAGAUGGAGCUGUGCUCCCGAGACAGUCUGGAGCUUCGGAUUUGCCACUGAGUAAUGACAAGGCGAUUCUGUUCAGGUCACCCGAGUCGUUGAGCAGAUCAUUUACGCUGCCAAACUGUGGAAUAGUCACGGGUAUGGGCAUCCCUCAGGGUGUCACGCUGUUUGUCGGUGGAGGGUUUCAUGGUAAGAGUACAGUGCUUAAAGCGCUGGAGGUGGGCGUGUACAAUCAUGUACCGUCGGACGGCCGUGAAUUCGUUGUUGUGGAUCCGAACGCAGCAAAGAUUCGCUCUGAGGAUUCCCGUAGCGUCGUGUGUACCGAUAUUAGCGCAUUUAUCGAUAACCUUCCGUUUAAGCAAGAUACAACUCGCUUUUCUACUGCUGAUGCUUCUGGCAGCACGUCACAGGCAGCUAAUAUUGUCGAGGCCCUGGAAGUGGGUGCAACGACACUGUUGAUUGACGAGGAUACGUGCGCCACCAACUUCAUGAUCCGUGACUGGAAGAUGCAGCAACUAGUGGCUGAAGACAAGGAACCCAUUACACCUUUCAUCUCGAAGGUGCGCGCACUCUACACACAGCAUGGGGUAUCGUCUGUGCUAGUCAUCGGUGGCGCUGGCGACUACUUUUCUGUCGCCGAUCAUGUGAUCAUGAUGGACUCGUAUCAGCCACGAGAUGUCACCACUGCAGCCAAGAAGAUUGCGAGCGAGCACGGCGAAAUCCGACAGGAUGCUCAGUUUGGCGGGUUCAAAUCUCGCAUUCCUUUGGGCAACGGCUUCGAAGUCAAUGGCAAGGUCAUCUCGCGCGGACUGGGCAAAAUCCAGUAUGGAGAAGUGGAUUUAAACUUGACUGCCGUCGAACAGAUCGUCGAGUCCAGUCAAGUGCGCACGAUUGCAGACGCCAUUCAAAAGGCUCGCUCUUUGAUGGAUGGGAAGCGUACGCUUAAGGAGGUGUUGACCAUGCUUGAAGGUGAAAUUGAUCGUACAGGUUCACUUGAUGUUGUUGGCUGUUACAAAAAGUCUGGAUUCUACACUCGGCCUCGUAAACUUGAGCUGGCAGCCGCUAUCAAUCGUCUUCGAACAGCAACGAUGACGCAGCAGAGUAACGAAGUACUGUAA